AUGAUAGUGGUCACACAGCACACACCCACGCUUGAGCUCAUCAGUGGCGAGCGUAAGCAUAGUCCAAUCGUACUCCAUUACAUAUGGCUGAUCAUCACCAGUAUUGCCAAGCGCACUAUCGAAUUGUGGGACGGAAAGCCUCUCGAGGACGAACUUGUACAUGCUUCCAUCUUUGAGCAUUGCCCACAGUUCAAUUCGCUCAUGAUCUACACCUGGUCAUCUGAAACCAGCGACCACAAAUUCGCAAAGUUCCUUGGUGCCUUGCGACCGAAUUCUUUGAAGCAGCUUCACACCAUCAGUGAUAUCCGCGCAGGUGCUGAGACCUUCCUGGCAUUGAAUCAACACGGCGAAUCGCUCGAAGACCUUAAGCUAUGUAUCUCGAACGAUUCAGCGCCUUUCUUGAACCUUUUGGCAGGAUGCACUGCCCUCAAGUAUCUGCGGAUCGAAGACUACCAUGGACAGGUCGACCUCGAGGCGACUCAAAACGACGUCUUUCUUGAGGUGAUCGCCUGGUUGAGGAAGUGUCAACACCUCCAACAUCUUAUAUUCCCCAAAUUGCAAUCGGGCGCAGCACUCGCUACUCCAGUUCUUUUGGAGCCUAACAUUCGGUUGACGCAUGUGGAGAUGGACAAUUACACACUGAAGGACCAUCAAAACUUCCAUCAGGCGCUGGUGCACCAACAGUCAUCUCUCAAGAACCUAUCGCUCAGCGGCGACACCGAUGGCAUGUUUCGGGACGAUCUCGACACGCUGGUCGACUCUUUGAAACAGCUGCAUGAAUUACGAGACUUAAAGCUUCUCCUACCGGAGGUCUUGAGAGACGAGCAUCUCAUUACCAUUCUUGGCAACCUGAAAGCGCUGGAGGACCUUUAUGUAAAUGGAUUGGAGCUUAACGAUGACGUUUUGGACAGCGUCGCCGGUCUUCCUAAUCUGCGGAAUGUCACGCUUUCUGGCAUCUCCAAGUUCACUGUCGACGGACUACUCGAAUUCGUCAACAAAUUAGAUGUUGGCAACUCUGGCAUCCGAGUCACGAUUGAUAUGGCCGACCCUGACACAAUGCUCUCUGAUGAAAGUGUCAACAUGCUUAGGGAAUGCUUGGAUCAGAAGACUGGCGGAACUUUGGAAUACAUGGCUCUUCGAGGUAAGAACAACACCUUGCUAUGUGCGUGGUAG